AGUUGCUGUGCGCAUCCCGCAUUUACAUUGACCUGAAUACAGCUUAUACCUGAUUUCUAGGAGUCAGGAGCCGCCAUAUUGUUUUCUAGGAAUUAAACAGCCAGACUGAUUCUGAUAUCUAAUAGAUAUCACCAAUUUCGGUCAAUUUGUCGCAUUCUAGACCAUGAAUUCGAAAUAGCGGAUUUCCAUGGAAGCAUUAUAUGACUACAUAAUGUGAAAAUGGGACGUUCACUAGUAAUGGGCGUCGCUAUUACGCUAUGUUAUAUGUUUUUUCUCGUCGGUAAAGUGUCUACAAUUGGUUGUUACGUGUGUACAUCGAUAAAUCACAGUGAGCUUGCAUGUGAGGAUAAAUUUGAACCUUUAAAUGGAAGUUAUUAUGUGCCAGAUUGUAUGGGGUCCAGAAAAGACCAAGACGGACUUUUCCCGGCAACGUCCUGUAUUAAACUCAUCGGCGUGGAUGAGCCUAAUAACUACACCGUGACGGUCCGCACUUGCGUAACAAACAGUGGGGGCACUACCUCGGAGACGGAGAUCGACGUCGUAAGCCACUGUGGCUGGAUACGGCGCAUUUCUCUGGACGGUACCGAGAUGGACGGCUGUGUCGUGUCCUGCAAUACAGACGGGUGUAACUCGGGGGGAAGAUUGUUUCCCUACGUGUCCCUCACUGCUGUGAUAGGAAUCAUCGCAUACAAACUGCUAAAUCGAGAUGUUGCUUAAGACAUUAACUCAAUGUAAAAAUGUAUUGGUUAGAGCGAUGUGUUGGAUGAGAUUGCUGUGUAUUUGAAUUACAUUGUUUCGUUGGAACUAGAACCACAAAAAUGGUUGUACAACAGCACAAAUAAAUUUUGCAUAAUCUCGAGUUUAGAAGGCACAGGUCUCACAUAGGUAAAAUAACUUUCGAUUUAAUAUUCGAUGUAAUAACAUUUCAACAAUUGUCGAUUUAAAGCCUAUUAUGGCUAUCUUGUAUAUUAUACAUACAGUCUAUUGUUAUUUAAGAGAUUGUGCUCGUGAUUCGUAGUCGAACAGAACGUUUUUAUGCAUGUACUUAACAUUUUCAUCUCAUGUUAGGUGUUCAAUUUUCAGACUUUUAUCAUGUAUUUAUAUAAUGUUUUAAUGAUAUGAAUUAGUGCACGCUCAUCCUAAAGAAAGAUUUGGUAAAAAGCGGCGUUAUGUAUGCCAUAUUCGUUCAAAACAAAUGGCCCUAAACAUACUGAAAACAAGGUAACAAAAACUUAGGAGCCAGUAAUCAUUACUGGACCCUAAACUAAAACAUAUUUCAUUUGAACUAUUACGAGAUAGAACUAUUUGAAGCACGGGUUAAACAUGUAUUCCUGUCGUUAAAAUAAACCUAAU